AGUAGAUGGCAGUGACGCUCUACCUAACAUUGCGCCCCGCCAAUAAUGUUGAUGAUGAGAGAUGAGAUGUGCUGUAAAUCAGUAGGAACUGAUCUGUCCAUGCUGGAUAUUGAUGAUUUCAUCACAGAAAUCUCUCAGCUGAAGAAAGAGGUGGCGUUACUGGAGACAAAGCUGAGGUUAAGAGGAGAUGAAGGACUGAAGAGAGAGGACUCCGAGCUCAGUCUGACUUUACUCUGUUAUACUGAGUCAAAGCCCACAGACGCUCAGGACACUACAGUGUGUGACAGUAAUCAGGGCUUACAGGAUGAGGAAUCUACUGAUCAAACCUCCACAGAGUCUCUGGAUUCUGUCUGGAACGCUGGAGAACAGCAGCAGAUCCUACAGACCAAACUCAAGAUGUGUUCAGUCAAACUCAUCGACUGCAGGAACCUCAUGAUGAAGAUCAAAACUGAACCCACAGCAGAUAAAGAUCACACUCAGGAAGAUGACAGUCAUGAUGAUGCUUUUAUUUCUUCAGAUGUGAAGAGUGAAUCAUUUUUGGAUGGAGAAAUAACGUCCUCAACAUCAGAAGAGAGACUGACAGCACAAACUCAAGAGAAAAAACAUCAUUCAGAAGAGCACAGAGAGAAGAAGAAGAAGUUUCACUGUAAACAGUGUGGGAAGGGGGGUUUUGUCUUCUUGUCUCGGCUAAAAGUUCACAUGAGGACACACAGUGAUGAAAAGCCUUUAUACUGCACUGAAUGUGGCAAAUAUUUUUGCAGAAAACAAACUCUUCGUGUUCAUCAGAAAAUUCACACAGGAGAAAAACCAUACGAGUGUCCUCACUGUGAGAAGAGAUUCAGCCACAAACCUUAUCUGAAGGCACAUGUGCCUAUACACACCAAUGAGAGACUGUAUCAGUGCAGUAAAUGUGAAAAAACCUUUAAGGAUUUAGGUUCAUUAAAAUUACACCAGAAAAUUCACUCGGAGGAGAAACUCCAUCAAUGUUCACACUGUGAUAAACGUUUCAGUAGGAAAUCUCAUUUGAUAGUCCAUGAGAGAGUUCACACUGGAGAGAAACCUCAUCACUGUGAUGUCUGUGGGAAGAGUUUUAGACAACGUAACAAUUUAGUGAAACAUCAGAGAACUCAUACAGGUGAAAAACCUUACAAAUGCUCUCAGUGUGAGAAGACCUUUACUCAGUCAGGUAACUUAAAAGUCCAUCAGAGAGUUCACACUGGAAAGAAACCUUACCACUGUAGUGCUUGUGGGAAGAGUUUCAGAGGACAUAUCACUUUGUUCAAUCACCAGAGAACUCAUACAGGAGAAAAACCUUACAAAUGCUCUCAGUGUGAGAAGACGUUUGCUCAGUUAAAUACCUUAAAAGUCCAUGAGAGACUUCACACUGGAGAGAAACCUUACCACUGUAAUGUUUGUGGGAAGAGUUUCAGACAACAUAGCAAUUUAGUGAUACACCAGAGAACUCAUACAGGUGAAAAACCUUACAAAUGCUCUCAUUGUGAGAAGACGUUUGCUUAUUCAAGUGUGUUAAAAGUCCAUAAGAGACUUCAUACUGGAGAGAAACCUUACGUCUGCUCGAUCUGUGAAGAGAGAUUUGCUUCUUCUAGAAGUCUUCAGCGUCAUCAGAAGAAGAAACAUACUUGUCGACCAAUGAGAUCUGAUAAUAACGCCACAUUCCCAGAGCCGCUGGUGUAUCUCGAAAGACGUGGCGUCAAAAGCAAAAUCAGCUCAUCCUCGCUUCUACUGCUAGAAAACUCCAUUCUCCUUCUAUCUCUACUCACCAAGUGUAGAACUGAUCAGGGCUUACAGGAUGAGGAAUCUACUGAUCAAACCUCCACAGAGUCUCUGGAUUCUGUCUGGAACGCUGGAGAACAGCAGCAGAUCCUGCAGACCAAACUCAAGAUGUGUUCAGUCAAACUCAUCGACUGCAAGAACCUCAUGAUGGAGAUGAGAAGAGAAACCACAGCAGAGGAAAAUCACACUGAGGGAGAUGACAGUCAUGAUGAUGACGAUGAUGAUGAUUUUAUUCCUUCAGAUGAGAGGAGCGAUUCAUGUUCAGAUGGAGAAAUAACUUCAUCAACAUCAAAAGAGAGAUGGACAGCACAAACUCAAGAGAAGAAACUUCAUUCAGAAGAUCACCGAGAGAAGAAGAAGAAGAAGCAGUUUCACUGUAAACAGUGUGGGAAGGGUUUUGUCUUCUUAUCUCAGCUGAAAAGCCACAUGAGGACACACAGUGGUGAAAAGCCUUUCUACUGCACUGAAUGUGGAAAUUGCUUCAGCAGCAAACAAAGUCUUCAGCUUCAUCAGAGAAUUCACACAGGAGAAAAACCAUACGAGUGUCCUCACUGUGAAAAGAGAUUCAACCACAAACCUUAUCUGAAGGCACAUAUGCUUUUACACACCAAUGAGAGACCGUAUCAGUGCAGUGAAUGUGACAAAGCCUUUAAGGAUUUAAGUUCAUUAAAAUCACACAAGAAUAUUCACUCUGAACUCUAUCAAUGUUCACACUGUGAUAAAUGUUUCAGUUGGAAAUCUAGUCUUAAAGUCCAUGAGAGAAUUCACACUGGAGAGAAACCUUAUCACUGUAAUGUUUGUGGAAAAUGUUUCAGUCACUAUAACCUUUUAGUGUCACACCACAAAACUCAUAUCGGUGAAAAACCUUACAAAUGCUCCCAGUGUGAGAAGAGGUUUACUCACUCAAGUAACUUAAAAGUCCAUGAGAGAGUUCAUACUGGAGAGAAACCUCAUCACUGUAGUGUUUGUGGGAAGAGUUUUAAUCAACGUCACCAUUUAGUGACACACCAGAGAAUUCAUACAGGUGAAAAACCUUACAAAUGCUCUCAGUGUGAGAAAACGUUUGCUCAUUUAGGUUCCUUAAAAGACCAUCAGAGAGUUCACACUGGAGAGAAACCUCAUCACUGUAAUGUUUGUGGGAAGUGUUUCAGUCGACAUGAACAUUUAGUGUCACACCAGAGAACUCAUACAGGUGAAAAACCUUACAAAUGCUCUCAGUGUGAAAAGACGUUUGCUCGAUCAGAACACUUAAAAGCCCAUGAGACACUUCAUACAGGAGUGAAACCUUAUGUCUGCUCUCACUGUGAUAAGAGCUUCACUGCUCUAAGUUCUGUCAGUCUUCAUGAAAGACUUCACACUGGAGAGAAACCUUAUCGCUGUAGUGUCUGUGAGAAGAGUUUCAGUCGACGUGAACAUUUAAUAAAACACCAGAGAACUCAUACAGGUGAAAAACCUUACAAAUGCUCUUAUUGUGAGAAGAUGUUUGCGGAGUCAAGUAACUUAAAAGUUCAUAAGCGAAUUCAUACUGGAGAGAAACCUUACGUCUGUUCGAUCUGUGGAGAGAGAUUUGCUCAUUUAGGAAGUCUUCAGCAUCAUCAGAAGAAACAUACUGAAGAACAAACUACACUAAAAUCAUCAUAGUGCCUUAAAGUCUUUACACGCUGAUAUUCGACAUGAAUGUUCAUCACAAGACACUAGAACAAAAACACUUGAUUUCACAUCUGGCAGAUUCAUGUCUCUCUAUCCCACUAUUCAGAGUUUUUUUUUACAUUUAUUACACUAUUUCAUGAAUUAUAUCAUUCAUUUAUUUUAUCAUUCACUUUUAUCCUUAUUUUUAUAUACAUUUAUUUUAUAUUACAUUCAUUUUAUUCUGUCUAGUUAUUCUAUUUUGUUGUUUCAAUUUUAUG